GACGAAGAACACAGGUGUAUUUUAUUGAAGGCAUUUUGAAUGCACAGAGAUAUGGUGACGAGAUCCUGAGGCCCAUUGUUGUUCCAUACAUCCGAGAACAUCAGCUCGUGUUGCAGCAGGAUAAUGCACAGUCCCAUGUUGCAGAGAUCUGUACACAAUUCUUGGACGCUGAAAACGUCCCAGUCCUUGCAUGGCCAGCAUUCUCACCGGACAGGUCACCCAUUGAACACAGCAUGUCCCAGUUCUCGCCAACAUCCAUCCAUGGUGGUCACACCAGAUACUGACUGGUUUUCUGAGUAUCGUGUAUGUGGAUUAGAUCAUCUCAUAAAAAAUCUCAUAAAAAUCUAUCUAUCAAAAGGAAUCACGCCAAAAAAAUUGUUUGUCUCCAGGGUGUUGGUGACUAGUAAGUAUGGGUGGCAUCCUCUGUGACAGCGUCACCAGGAAGGUGGCUCGUCUAUGUUAUUUGUAAUUAGUUGUCAUUGUCAUACUUGCACACUGGCAUUCCAUUCAUCCACCUGACAUUUAAACAGGCUGAUCUCUGCUGUCAUCGAGCAUUCUGUCAGCAUCAGGCACACAGGCAAGAGCAAAGGUACCCUUUUCACGUUCACAACUGACUUUUGUAUUCUAUUCUUUGCCGUCUUUAACCCAAUAGUUUGUAUGUGUCACUCCACAGAUGGCAUUUGCUCUUCACUUGUUGUUGCUCUUGUGUGGCAUCACUGGAAGUUGGUCUUUUGUGAUAUACAGAGGUCAAAGUUGUCCUCAAAACUGGACUCAGUUGAACGAACGCUGUUUCAUUUCCCUGGAAGAAAACUUAAGAUUUGCUGACGCUGAGAGUUUCUGCAAUGGUCUUGGUGGCAAUUUGGCCUCCAUCCACAGUGAGCUGGAGAAUGAAGUUGUUCGCCAAGUGAUUCUGGAACAGGCUGGGAAUUUCCAGCGUUCUUGGAUUGGGUUCAAUGACGCGGUUCAGGAAGGAGUCUUUGUAUGGACAGAUGGCUCAACCGUGGAUUUCACUGACUGGGCGAACAACCGACCAAGAACGAAUGACAAUCUAAACUGUGCAGAGAUUAAUUUCAGAGAUGAGUUCUGGAAUGAUGUGGGCUGCCGUGCUCGAAGAGCUUUUGUUUGUGCCACAGAUUUGGGUUACUAAUAUACACAAAUAUUCAAUGUCUCUUUCAUUGUGUUUCAUCUUCUGCACUUUUCAGUUGAUACAGAACAUUUAAAGGAUAUCUCAGUAAUGAAGGUGUCUGCCUGUAAUUGUGUGUGGCGUUUGCUUUUCUCAGCAUUUUGUGUUCAGCUGCGUGGUCAGUGACUAAAUUUGUUUGAUGAGCUGAAACAUUUAAGUGUGACGAACAUGCAAGAAAAUAAGAAAUCCAGAAAGGGGCAAAGACUUUUUCACACCACUGUAUGUCUUGUCUUCGAAACGCUAGUUGUGUGUUUACGUUGUUCAACAUAAACAUGUAGUGUGUCCAGAUUUUAAAUAGGGACGCUAUCACUU